AUGGCUUCAAAAGUCAGAUACAAAUUAAGUGGAAUAUUAUGGAUAACGACAUUAUUUUGUAUUGUAGUUAUUGUUCAAAGUCGACCGCAAACCGGUACGUUGUUUGUUAUAGUAGAUAGUCUUAAAUUAUGAUUUUAAAAAAGUUUCAACUUUCCUGUUUGAUCUCCUCAACAGGUACUUAUCAAGCCUUCGUGAACUUCGCCCGUUUUAAAGUUUUCUUUUAUUUCUUGGCAACUAUUUCAAUAAUGUUCGACCUAGUUUUAUUUCUCAGUUGUUUCUCCCAUGAAGUUGAUGUUUGAUGUGAACUGAAGUUUGUUUAUUACGCGCGUCAGACGCGAAGAGAAACGAGAAGAGUUUUAAGUAGUUUUGGCUUGUGAGUCAACGAGGCGUGACUGAUCUUGCUUCCCUGCAUGCCGGCAAAUGCGGUUAUUUAUUUCGAUCGUAUUUUAACUCUUCUGCGGAGUAGAAUCAAUAGGAAUGUGUGUUAUAGAUAGAGUGUAAUGACCAUUAAACUGUAUAGGAAGUGAAAUUAUCUUGUGCCGCGUUGCGAGAUAGGAAAGCGUUAAGAUCGAUUAAUUAUUUCUUUUCGUGAGUAUAUGAAGACUUCACCAAAAGACUUUAAUUAAAUUAAGUAUAUUGCAUAUUAUAUUGCUAUAAUAUGCGUCAUUUUAGCAGCAAAUUUGUAAGAAUUCUGAGCAUUAUUUCGCAAAUUUUCUCAUUUUUGAUUAAUUUGAAAUUUACAUAUGCUUGUCAUUGAAUAUUGUUUAUUGCCUAUGAUUCAGUAACUAUUAUUGGUUCUUGAGUUUUUAAUUUUAAAAUUUACAAGCUAUAUAUGCUAUUUUGGGUUUUAUUUUCUGCUUUCCCGACUUCAUGUGAAUCAGUUCUUACUUUUAUAAUUUGAUUCUCUUUUGAUCAACAGUAUUAACUUAUUCCAUGGUUCUAUACGCUAAGGAUCAUUUCACAAAAGAAUUAACUUUAUGAUAAAGCGAUUGUUUUACGACAUUUUGUUGUUCUUCACUUCAGAAACUAGUUUUAUUGCCGAGAGUGGUUUAGAUCCAUCAGAUCGAACUUUGAUUCGCGUGUUGAGAUCGGAGUUCGACGACGAAGAGAAAGGUCAGACGACUUUAAAAGCAAGAAAAACUAGGAAAGGUAAACUGACAUCACUCCAUUAUAUAUACAUGAAUUUGUGGUUAAAGCUGGACAACUGUCUCGCUGUAACUCAGUUGGUUAGAGCGCUGCACCGGAAUCGCAGAGCCGUAGAUUCGAUUCUUGCCAGAGGGCCUAUAUAAAUUUGUGUUAGAAAAUUCCAUCUACAAGAAAGCCACCUACUACUAUAAGUUCUAUCGAACGAGAUGCCCCAAAAAUCUCGAAAUUAAUAAACUGCCGGUUUUUUGCGUCUAAACAACAUGAAAAGGAUUAAAAUACAACACGAAUGCUUUUCACCUGGAAGUUAAUAGACUAGCCUCUUCAAGAGAAUCAUUCGAGCACACAACGCGGAAGUGUUAAUUGAAUCUUGUUCAGGUAUAGUUCAGACACAAACCGCGGCGACGUAUAUUGUAGAAAACUCGAACGGUCGCGGUGCCAAUGUAAAGUAGAGCUGUGGUGUCAAGGAUAUUGAACUACUUGAAUAAUAUAAGCAGAUCUUGGUAGAUGAAUCUCCUUCGCACCGUAGCUGUCUAUUGUGGAAAACUACCUAAACUUUACACAACUGGUGGACUUGAAAAAGAUAAAAAAACACUACAAGCAACACCUUUCGUCUGGAGAGUUAGUAUAGGAGGAUAUAGUUAAACAUGCUGCCCUUGUAGAAAAGCUAUCAGAAGCUAACUACUUUUAUCUUCUUGUAUGUUUAGUCGAGCGACAUUUCCCUCCUCUGAAGAAGCGUGCUUCUGAAGAAGAAGGUUCGUUACAUUAUUACGACAUUAUCCUGUUAUGUUACAGUAUAGAUAAUCACUUCACUACAUAUCAGAAUGGCACAUCAGAGAGGCUUUAUUUUGCGUAAGAUCGAACGAAUGCAGCCCGUUCAACUUAAAAUUCCCAUGUAUUCCAUAUUAAACUUUUUGGUUUUAGAAACGACAUAAGUGCUACAGUUUUUAAAAUUUAGUGAUAAAAGUCUAUGUCAGCAAAACAAAAUACUUAUUUCUUUCCCCAAUUUUAGAUCAGUUCUUCCAGGCGCUUCUCUCCCGUGCACAAGAUAAGCCUGUAGGUAUGUGACGGUGUGAUUCUUGACUCGUAAAUUCUUUCUCUUUUAAACUUCCUUCUUUUAUUCAAAUUGUUCUUCUUUUCGUUAUAGAGAAAAGAUCGUACGAAGCUCAGCCUGAAAAAGGUAUAAUAACAGUAGUUUGUGUGUGGUACCAUUGGUUAAGUACCAAUAAAUUAAACUUACUGUAGUUCCAACCAUUUCGUGAACAUACUUCAAUGUUGUAUAUUAUUGAAUCGUUAUAGAUGAUGUUGGAAUGAACUGGAAGGGUGAUUCCAAAAUCUCUGAUGCUGACAAGAAAGGUAAGAAAAACCAGCCCCAUACGCCAUUCUCUGAUUAAGCCAUCGGAAAUACAUGUACAAGAUUGUCUAGAACUAUGUAAUAGAGUAAAGACUGUUUCACAUUAUCAAAGUUUCUGUGAUCACAGUAGAAAUUUUAUAUUAGGCAAAUUCGACCCUUUUGAAGGAUUUGUAAGAAAUGUUUGAGGGAAUUGAGUCAGUGUUAAACACUCGGUUCUCUCACACAUUUCGUACAAAUCCUUCAAAACUUAGAAUUUACCUAAUGUAAAUUCCUACUGUGAGAAUCAAAUUAUCUAUCGAAACCCCGACCCUGAACACAACCGAUCCUGAAAACACAGAAUAAAAAACACUUUGAGGUUGCCCGAUGCACGGAAAUGGCCUUUAUAAAGCUUUCCAACCAGCACACUCAACAAUUAUCAUUUUGAUAUUCUGUUCAGAACUGGAGCAUCUUUUCAACAGCAUUGGAAUGGUGGAAGAUGAGAAGAAAUCAAAAGGCAAAAUGGAGGCCAAACGGUCCACAGUAAGUUUGAGAGAAUUUAUCCAAAGAAUGCUCUUACUUACAACGCUAUAAUCUUUAUCUAUCUUUCUCUUGCAGGGAAACGAUGGCAAAGUGCAAGAUUUAGUGGAAUGGUUGAUGUCAAAACCGGUCAGUACCCAGCUAUAUCAUAGAUUGAGUGAAAGUACAUUGCUGAUUGAAUAUUAAAGUUGACCUUUUGUUUAUAAUAUAAUAUUUAUUUCACGUUUUUUCUUCCAAUAGCCAAAGGAGUUUCACGAUUCUCUUCGUCAUAUAAUUGAUAUCGAACAUCAAAUCUCGGACAUAUUUGGUAAGGCUGGCCAAUGUCAUGUUUUAAUGUUGAACAUUAUUGACAAAUAUUGUCAAGUCGUAAUGUUGUGAGAUGAUAUUUACUGUGUGUUUUUUCAAACAUCUGUAAAGUUGGUCUAAGACUCAACAGACAAUGUGAUGUAAAUUUAUAAUUUUGAUAUUUUACAUUAUGUCAGGUGCUGAUGACGCGAGUGCGAGAACUACAACUUCGGAGACUGUCGCCACCGAUCCUAGUACGACCACCACCGAGACAUCUUCGGAGACUGUUCCAUCAUCCAUCGUGACUACUGCCACGUCAACUGACCCGGCCUCAGUCUCCCCGCCCGUGUCUGGCCAGACCACAGCAUCGAGUCCUGUCGUGGGUAGCUUUGCAUCUGUGCCCGGUCAGGUGUCUUCGCCUGCUGUUCUCGGCGUAGCACAACCCGCAGGUGUAUCACAGCCCGCAGUUGUAUCACAGCCUGCAGUUUUAGGUGUAGCACAACCCGCAGUUGUUUCCCAACCUGCAAUUUCAGGGGUUGCCCAACCUGCGCAAUCAGGUGGUGCGCGACCUUUGGCUAACGAUAUGCCUAGUGGUAAAUCUUCAGCACAAAAUGCUCCCCAAACCCCCAGAAAGAAACCGAAUCUUUAUGCUGAAGUAAUGAAAGCUUCUAAAAACCUUGCUGAAACUGGACCAGGUCCUAUUCCCAUUGAAGCGAUGAACUAUUUCAACAAGUUUGGGGGCGCGGGAAAUAUUUCUCCGAUGACAUCAAUGGGAGCCGGUGUUCCAGUUGCUCAACAAGCGCCUGCAGUACAGCCUCAACAAGUACCAGCGGUAUCGCAACCUAUGGCACCAAACGUACAACAGUAUAACCAGCAGCAGCAACAACGACAACAGCAACAACAAUUACGACGACAACAACUGCAGCAGCAGCAACGACAACAGCAACAACAGCAGCGGCAACGACAGCAACAACGACAACAGCAGCAACAGUAUGCCCAGCAACAAGUUGCAAACCAAUUCCAACAAGAUCAAAGACAAAAUAAUCCUUACUAUAAUCAAAUGUACAGACAACCAAGACCCUAUGUAAGCCGUAAUGGCAACUAUCAUCCACCUGCGCCAAGACCUUAUCCUCUGCAUCAAGAUGAACUCGAUAAAUCAACAGGUAUGCAUGUCAUCACCACGCCAUGUGCCUUUCAUGAGACCAGGGCUUGAUUCCUUCAAUAUGCAGUUCAAAUAGUGAACAUUUAGUACUGAUAGAGCUAUCCAAUAUAAAUAAAGUUAGUUUAGUUUAGUUUAGAUUUACUCCUGUAGUAACACUGGAUCAAUAAGAAAUGAUCCUUGCUGGACCUCUAGGGAGAACAGUUUAGAACUGAUAGAGCUAUCCAGUAUAAAUAAAGUUAGACAGUUUAGUUUAGGUUUCCUCCUGUAGUAACACUGGAUCAAUAAGAGAUGAUCUUUGCUGGACUUCUAAGAAGAACAGUUUAGAACUGAUAGAGCUAUCCAGUAUAAAUAAAGCUAGUUUAGUUUAGAUUUACUCCUGUAGUGACACUGGAUCAAUAAGAAAUGAUCCUUACUGGACCUCUAGGAAGAACAGUUUAGAACUGAUAGCGCUAUCCAGUAUAAAUAAAGUUAGACAGUUUAGUUUAGGUUUCCUCCUGUAGUAACACUGGAUCAAUAAGAUAUGAUCCUAUUUUGAACAGUUUAGAACUGAUAGAGCUAUAUAUGCAGCAUCAAUAAAGUUAGUUUAGGUUUCCUCACGCAAAUACACUGAACCAGUUAAGGAUGACCCAUAGAGUGAACAGUUGUCUAAAGUGAACAGUUUAUAACUGAUAGAGCUGACAUUGCCUCAAGACUAUAUGUAUGUUUUCGUUUCAGGCAAGAAAAAAUCUGUCACAGUUUCCCUGCUUUUCAAACAAAGUUGGUCGGCCGAUUUCGAAAAGAGGAAAUCAACCCGCUUCAGAGUGUUCAGGACAGAAGCAAAACGAGAAGUAAGCAGAUUUCAUUCCUUCCUUCUUUCUUUCUUUCGUUCUCGCUUUCUCAGAGGUUUGUUCACUCCCUUGAUUGGCGUAUUGUUAAGAAAAACAAUGAUUUCUUUUCUUGUAGUUGAAUCGUGUCUUUGAAACGAAGAAAAAUUUCGACAGCGUCUCUAUUGACAAGAUCAGGUAAUUCAAGGUAACAUACAUUUUAGCUAUAAAUGUUCUGUUUGUAAUUGUUGUUUUUGUUAUAUCUUUCCCAGAGAGGAUAGAGGCAAGGUUGAUGUGAGGUUCACAAUUAAAUUCAAGGAGAAUACAAAAUAUCCUCUUAAACCGUUAUAUGAACAGAUAGCGAAGGACUACUUGGGAAAUAUGCCCGUUUUCAGGGACACAUUGGUCAGAGGAGGUACAAUAUUGGGAGUUCUUUUCUGCUUCAUGUUUUUUAUUUCAUGUGUUCACCGUCCAUCCUUUAUCGGUUCUAUUGGACCGUUAUAGAUGGGAGUAAUGACGACAGUCUCGGGCGACAGCCCUUCUUAUUUGAAAAUUGAAAUCACGAACAUAAAACUGCAUUAACGGCCGUUGUUGAUUUCAAGGAAGAUCUGCUGACGCCAUCACUCGCCAUCAAUAACGGCUCGAUUGACUUCCGGUUGAAUAUAUAUCUUUUUCCCUCAGAGAAACCUGGCCCCAGAAUGGCUCCAGUGAGAACUGCGACCAAGAUGGAGAAAUCGCAGUCGGAAAAUCCCGCCUCGGAGUUUGCGCAGUUUGCCGAUCAAGUGGAUCGUGAGAUGACGGGAGAAAAUCUGCCUUUGACGGAAAAACAUGAAGGUAUACCGCUUUAUUAUAGAGAGGUCCAGAUUAAGAAAUAUUUCCAAAGUUAUAAACAUGCUGUUGGAAAGACUGCUUUGAAUAGGCAAUUCCAGCUAUAGAUUAAAUUUUGAUCUAGGCAAGAAGAACAAAAUCCAUCACCACAGCUAGAAAGAGCAUGUUAAAAUUAGUAAAAUUGCAAAGUUUGGUUGCGACAUUUUGUAAAAUGAGGAAAAUAUAGCCCUGCGAAGUUCCCAAAUUUUGUAUAGAUUUGUAUUACGCGCGGUAAAAAUAACAACUUUCGGCUCAAAAAUGGUUAUUUUUCACGCGCGUAAUACAAAUAUAUACAAAAUUUGCGAACUUCACAGGGCUAUAUUUUCCUCAUUUUACAACAUUUCGCAACCAAACUUUGCAAUUUUACUAAUUUGAACAUGCUCUUUCUAGCUGUGGUGAUGGAUUUUGUUCUUCUUGCCUAGAUUAAAAUUUAGUCUAUAGCUGCAUGGAAUUGCCUAUUUUAGGUUAACCUAUAGGGUUAAGCAAGGGUUAAGCUGAUCAGUAUUCAAACAACUGGCCCCUUAUUUCUUGGCCCCUUAACUUUGUACUCAUUUUCCAUUACUUACCAGCUUACCAAGGCUGUUACAAGGACAGGAAACCACACCGUGACAUGAAGAAACAUUUCUCGAAGUUUGAGAUGACACCUGAGUGGUGUCUGCACACGUGUAAGAAAGAAGGCUAUCGCUUUGCUGGUGUUCAGUACUCGUAUCUGUGUUUCUGUGGAAACAAAUUCGGCAAGUAUGGCCGGGUACCAGACUCAGAAUGUAGCAGCCGUUGCUAUGGCGAUAAGAAUCGCUUCUGUGGAUCAUUCUGGCAUAACUCUAUCUACUCAGUUGGUAUGUUCUUUGUGAUUUGAAAGUUAGGAAUUCUACUAUACAGACAUUUCGAAAUUGCAUAUAUUGUUUAGAUGGUCAACAUCAUGAUCUUGACGAGUUCUCGGCGCUACAAGACGACGAUGAUGAAGAUGACGAUGAUGAACGUGAUAAUAAAAAACACGAAGACAAGGGCAAGAAAGAUGGGAAAUCUGAAAAAGAUGAUGAAAAAGAACAUGGUAUGGAAAUCUGUUUAUCCAUAUCAGUUUAAGUUAAGAAUUUUGUCAAACUUAACUUGGUUUGUAUUUCGAUUUUGCUUAGCUGAAGUUGCAAAUCAUUUGAUGAAAGCCGCUUCAUCGGCACUAAAAGGUAAGUUUGAUCCGAUUUUUAGUUUCUGUUUUCUCAGUACAUAUAUGGAUGUGUUCAAGUACCGAAUCAAUGUUUUGUUUUCUUUCCCAACAGCUGCCAAGAAGUUGUUACCUUCAGGUAAGGCAUAUCUUUAUAUAAAACUAGUUGAACACGGCAAGUUGGGUCGUAUCAAACCAGCUCUUUAUUUUUUCUUUGUUUUGUUCACAGGAAAGGAUAAGCGAGAAAUUAGUUCGGAAGACCUCGCCAAAGACAAAGCAGAUGCCCAGAAAGCUCUCAAAGGUAACAAUGGACGACAAACAGUAUAAAUAUCGGCUACGUUUACAUUGUACCGGAUACCUUAUAAUACACCAAUCCGUACAUUUUUGGAACGCUAUUUUCAGAGGAAUUAUUGCAACGGAGAGAUGUUGUUUCGCUCAGCUUCUGAAAGUUGUACACUCCGUAUCGGAUAGGUGCUUUUUCGCGCCGCUACGGAAAGCUAUCUGGUAUAGUAUAAACGUAGUCAUAGUCGAACUGGAAGAACUCACGGAGGUGAAGUUAUAAUCGUCUGUAAGACGAUUCAAACCUCGGACGUAGAGCUGUCAGAGGCAUGUGCACUGUUCACUGUGGCGUAAACACGUUUUAUUUAUUCAUCUCAUAACUUCUUUCCAGCCGUAGACGAGAUAGUGGAGGACAAGAACAACGUGGAUAAAAGAUCUGCGGAGGAAGGCGAUGGUCGAAAUCUCCUCAUGGCUUAUCUUGGUAAUGUUGGCGGAUACGACAGAGAGUACAGAUCAGUGGAGGAUGAGAAUAAACCAGGUAUGACCCAUGAGCAAAUGCCGUGGUCCGGGUACUAUCAUUCAUUAAGGGGUCCAGACUCAAUAUUCAGGAAUGGAAUAGACAUAAUAGUAUAAUUAGCGCCAUAGAAAUAUAUAUAAGUUACACAUUAGGGCCAUUUAUACGGAACAAAAUAAGACGCGACUUACAUAAGACGCGACUUAAGUAAGACGCGAGUUUGUGGUAUAAAAGGUACAAAAUUCUUAUGUAAGACGCGUCUUGGAUAAGACGCGUCUUACAUAAGAACAGGUCUUUUAGCUGUUCUUAUUUAAGUCGCGUCUUAAAUAAGAAAUUUUGAACAAAAAGUCUAACUACACAUGCCAGAAACUUGAAACAACGUAAAAUUUAAUGCCUUGCAUAUUAAAACAAAAACAACCAAAACAACAUUAUAGCUAUAGCAAAUAAAUAAGACCAAAGCCGUAGAGAACCAUUUAUGCGAUAACUCCACGUAUUUAAGUCGCGUCUUAUGUAAGUCGCGACUUAUUUUGUCACGUAUAAAUGGCCCUAUUGUUCUAAUUGUAUUGUAACCGAAAUGGCACAGGUUAUCUGAAUUAACCAAAGUUAAACUAAUCAGAUAACCUAGUAAAUAAUUUGAGCCACUCUGGGUCAACAUUGAAAUUUUAUGCCGCAAUUGACAGAAAAUGGUAAUAAAGAUAGAGAUUAGUAACAAAAGAAUGUAAGUAUAUUGUUUUAAAAAUAAUAUUAAAUUGGUCAGUUCUGUUAGUUCAAGUUAGAAUAUAUGAAUACAUGUUAAGGCUACAGGAAGUUUCUAUACUUUCUUUGCAGUGGAAAAACUGAAGUUUGAAUACAAACGGGAGAUUAUCGACGAGGAAGGCGACGGGGAGUUUGUGUCGAAACCACAAGACGGGAAAACGUUGAAGAGAAGUCGACGAUCUUUGGAACCAGAAGAUUUUGACGGCCGUAAGAAGAUGGCGUUAAGAGCAAUGGCGGACAGCAGUGAUGCCACUAAUCCAAAGAUGGCUGUAGCCGAACCUUCACGGAGAGGUACGAUGAUGGCGAAGCUAGAGCCAUGGCACAGAAUAAGGCACACAGAAGGUCGACUCGAGUAACCGCUGCCACGCCAUGAUUCAUCAUCAAAAUGCUGACGCAAUGGUCCUAGCCAGUGCGCGUUUGAGAGGCAUUCCCCCCCUGGACAUCCGCCAUUUUGAAUAUUAUCAGGGGGGUGAAUGCCUCUCAAACGCGCACUGGCUAGGACCAUGGCGUCAGCAUUUGAUGACGAAUUACGGGUUACGCCAAAAUCAUAGGAAAAUCAUAGGAAAAACCAAGAAGUCGGCCUUCUGUGUACCCUAUUCUGUGACCAUGGCAACUGGUCAUGCUUUGCUAAUAAACCUACAUCAUCAAAAUAGGUUAAAGACUAGAAGUUACUAUCGCAAGGAAAGUGCUGCGUCACUCCCAAGGGAUCAAAGACAGCAUGCACAAUUUGCUGAAUAAGGGGCUGUUUAUAUGAUCCCGCUUUGGCAGGACGAGAUUUGAGGCAGGAUUAUUUUGAUGUAUUGAAAUAAGUCACAGUGCACGAUUCAGCCAAUCUCGUACUCAGAGCUAACGAUGGUUCUGGGUACGAGAUUGCGUGGAUUCGGCAAAAAACUACACUAUUUUCUAGAGAUAGAUUAUACAUAACUGUAAAUGAAAGCAACCAUGAAUUUCUAAUGGUUUGAAUAAUGCAGAUCAAAAUUUACAUAGCAUGACCUGUUGCUAUAUAUGGCUAGGAGUGUAAAUCCCUUAUUUAAGACAACCAGACUAAAGCCCUGGGCAAACUAGGAAACAUUGUUGCGGAAACAUUGUUUCCUACCAAUGUUUCGCCGUGUUUCCCAGAGUGGGCAAACACUAGGAAACAUUAGUGAGAAACAUAGGGAAACAUCAAAUGUUUUUGAAUUCGCUAGGAAACAUUUUUGCUUCUCGGGAAGCAAAUUUUGUUGCCGCAACAAUGUUUCCACGGGUGAGAAAACAGGGAAACAUUUGAGGAAACAUCGAGAAUCACAAAUGUUUCCGCAACAAUGUUUCCUAGUUUGCCCAGGGCUUAAGUGUCACUCGGUUUUUGUAGAAUUGCUAACCAGGGACAUAUCGGACAAGGAGGUGACAAGACAUAGUCGUGACGCUGAUGAUGAAGAAGAGGAGGAAGACAAAGAAAUGAUGAGAACAAGAAAGUCAAGGAAGACUGAAAAGGUUUGCAGUAUAGUUAAACACCAUGUUACACAAGGAUAACAGGAUACAGGGCCAUGUUCUCUAAAAAGUAGUCGCAGAGAAACGUGAGUGUGGCCCGAAUUUUAUUCUGCCGACACUUUCUUUACAUACCAUACUCUUAAGGGAUGAAAAAUGAAAAAAAUUGGAUGAAAAAUGUCGGAGCUGAACUAACAUAAUUUUACUCUUUCUUGCAGCGAAGUGUUGGCUUUGACAAGAGCUUGUAUCACAGCAAGGUUCAAGAAGGUGAAUAUAUAUUAUAUAUAUAUAUAUAUAUAUAUAUAUAUAUAUAUAUAUAUAUAUAUAUAUAUAUAUAUAUAUAUAUAUAUAUAUAUAUAUAUAUAUAAUAUAUAUAAUAUAUAUAAUAUAUAAUAUAUAAUAUAUAAUAUAUAAUAUAUAGUUAUAUGUAAUUACUGUUCUUACUUAAAAUAUUUAUAAUUAAGGUUUUUAAAGACAAAAAACAUUUUAAGUAGAGACAAAAAACAUUUUAAGUAAAGAACAGUGAUUACAUUCGCUCUACUGAAUUUUAAGUAUUGAGCACUCUCUUUACUCUACGUUACAAAAGCUUGUGUUAACUUGUGUUUACAGGAAUCGAGAACGUUAUUGGUGGAGUUAUUGACGUGAUGAAGCAGUCGACAUCUAUUGGUUCAUUCAAAGAAGAUAUCGAGAAACUCGCCACAGAUGUUGCCAACGGUCUCGCAAUCCCACCUGAACAGAAAGAUCAAGUGACGAGCGAAAUACGACAGGACAUUAAAGAGACUGGCACUAGCAGCGUAAACAGUGAGUAUUUUGUAUUGUUUUCCGAUAAAGGCUUUUCCAGUAAUUAUAGUACAAAAGAUUACAAAAUUAAUUUAAUUGGUGUCCCACGCCCCUGUAAUUGGAAGCUCUCCCCCAGGAAACUCCGGUUUCGUGUCGUGCCAAGCAUGAAACUAUAUCAACAUGCCGGUCAUAAAAAUGUAUCAACUAAAUACAUGUUUUUUAAAACUAUUAACUUGUAAUUACUGUGCGCGCAAGGAAAUGAUUAAGGCUAAAGAGUCAUUAAAAACAAAACACAAAAUUCAGGAUGAUUGACAAGACGAUUACCAAAGUCAUUGAGUAUGGAAUCGAGUCGAAGUGUCACCUUGAAUUUGUAUCUUGCUCUUCAACAGCAUCAUCGAGUUCACAAAAUGAUAAUGUUUGGAGAAUAUUUUGCGUGACACAAAUUUUCCUCAGUGGAUUAACUAAACAAAGAUGAAACGUGAUCAUAGCCUAGUUCUAAACUCACACACUAAAAACUAAACUAUAAGUAUAGAUUAAAACUUCAACUAAAUAUAAAUUAAAACUUCAACUAAAUAUAAAUUAAAACUUAAACUUCUACUAAUUUCUAGACCUCAUAACCUCAGUUCGUACGGAACUAAACGAGUACGGCGAAAUGCACCCGGCAGUUGGUCCCCAGGCUGACGAGGCUGCGCAUACUUUCUCAGAUUUACCGCUGGACGCAGGUAAAGCGGAGGAGAUAAAGAAGAAGAUUCGCAAACGUUCAGUUGACGCGAGCGACGAGGGAGACCAGUUUCUAUCUGACAUUCUUACAGAACAUUUUAAACAGAACCCAUAGAGAUCAAUCGUAGAAAGGACAUGCGUGCACGCCUAAAGCAUAUUACCCUUUGCUGCUGCUAUCGAUAUUAAGUUGUUAACCCAUAGACUUUUAUUUCAUAUCUAUCUGACAUUCUGAACGAACAUUCUAAACGGUCUGUGUGGGUAGUACCAUUGUUAAGAAAUGGAUGCAACUCCCUAAAAAAUACGUCGGGAUAUUUCUUGGAUGAACGGCAUUCACUCAAAACGUCGAAGUUCUCCUUGUAUUUUUCGGGUAGUUGUAUCCCUAUCAAUCCAAAGCUUUCAUUUAAACUUAACCAAUAGAGAUAAUUUUUAAAAUAAGCGUAGUGGGUAAAGGUUUAAAGAACUUCUGUUGACGUUUUGAAGCAUUAUUACUUCAGGGGACUGUGUUUAAAGUUUUAAAGUACAUUAACUUUUGCUAUCAUAGAUUUUAACCUUUUUACUUCUGUGUGAACUAAUGCAACGGUCUGGAGUUGUACAUUUGCACGAUCGGCAACUUUAAGCCUCUUUGUCCGUCGUAAGAGAUAUCAAGUAUAAUAACAUAUAAAAUUCAGUGCGUAUAAUGAGUUGCUUGUUAAAAAUGUAUAUUUUUGUAAUUUAACUUGAAUUUAAAAACAAAUGAGACAUAUGUUGAAGAAGUGAGUUGAUCACAGUUAAAUAAAUCACGGUUGGCUC